GAAAAGGACAAAUAUGUCCGGUUUUGAAAAAAGUGAGGUGCGCCCAACAACUUUUCGAGGUGCGCAAGUUCAUCCUCAAAAAUUCAAUCCACAACCCCCAAGAGUCCCUAAACCCAAUAAGCAACAAACCAAGGGAUUCCGUUAUCGUAUCUAUCUUUUCUCUGUAUGAAUAAUGAAUGAAGCCAUGGAUGCAUAAUUAAAUCACCUAUUUGAUUCGUCCCCUUCAUCUUCUCCACACUGAACAUGACGUCAUCUCUCCCUCUAUCUCCUGAGAAGAGCGACUACCUCACGGCCGCCCUUGACGCUGCCCGCCCCUUCCUCCGAGGUGAGCUCGAGCGACUCGACGAGAAGCUACCCUCUCUGGUUGCCGUUCUGCGCUCCGUCGGAGCCGGAGAGUGCUGGCAUAAACACGGCAGUUUCCUCGAACAUCUGGUGGACAUUUACCGGAUACUCAAACUAUGGAAGGCUCCAGAUUCCGUCUGCCUCUGCGGCCUCUUCCACUCAGCCUACUCUAACUCUUACGUCAAUCUCGCGAUCUUCGACCCUUCAACUGGCCGCGACACCGUCCGAGGCCACGUCGGUGAUGAGGCGGAGCGGCUGAUACAUCUCUUCUGCGUAGUCCCUCGUCAACCCCUGAUCCACGACGAUCUCCUGUUCCAGUACACUGACGCGGAAAUCGUUGAGCACCUUAGACUUUCCGAGGCCUCUCUGAAGAACGCCAAGGAGAAGGGGAAGUUCAACGACGACGAGGCAUGGAGGAAGAAACUGCAAUCGGUGGUGCCGGCGGACGGGAUCCUCACUAAGCACAUCAAAUCGGGCGAUCCCGUCCUCCUUUCGAGAAGAGUGUUCGCGAUAUUCCUGCUAAUGACCAUGGCGGAUUUCAGCGAUCAGCUAUUCGUAUUUCAGGACGUACUGUUCGAGAACUCCGACGGCCGGCUCGAAUUCUCCGGUAACGAUGUCAGAUCCGGCUUGUGGCCAGGCGACGGGAAACCCGGACUCUGGAUGAAUUCAGUAUCGCGGAUGGGCGCAAUAUACAGCCUGAUCGUCCGAGAAGAAGAAAUCUACGUUGAACAGAGGAGAAUAACCGGUUUACCGGAAGAACCGGUCAGAGAUGAGCAUAUCGAGCUUGUGGUCCCUCCGGUGUUCAAUUUCUGCACGAAACUUCUCGACGCCGGAGACCAGAUACUGGCAAGGGAGCUGUACUGGGAGGCGGUGUGUGAUGGGCCGAAGAAAGGGUUAGAUUGGGCCGAACAACGGCUGAAGGAGAGCAUCGAGAAGAACCCAUUUGUGGGCGAGCCCCACGUUGUAUUGGGCCAGAUUUAUUUGAGCCUAGGGAGGUUCGAAGAGGGUGGGCUAGAAGCAGCGAAAGGGCUGACUCUGAUACUGGAGUGGGGCUCUCCUUGGGACAAGAGAAUGUCUUGGGAAGGUUGGAUUUCUUGGGCCAGAGUGUUGGUCAUGCGGGCCCGUGACAUGUCUUGGCCUGAAAAUGCAUGGGGCGUUCUUAACUUGGGCCUCGUUCGUUAAUUUGGCCACACCUCCGGUGCUAGUAGUGUGCUACUUCUGUUUUGAUAAUUCCUAUUCACAGCUCCAAAAUAUUACUGGCAGUCAUUUAAUUAAAUAAAAAUAAAUUAAAUUACCUUAAAUAUUUAAAUUACAGUUAUUAGAAAAACUGCCAUGCAAAGCGCAGGAGGCUUGAAGAAGGCAAGGCAAUUGAAAAAAAUUAUUCACAACCUUCUGUUUGCAAUCUUCCUAUUUAUCAAACUAGACAAACGAUCUGUGUGCCAUGCCGGGAGUAUGUUUACAGUAGAAUAAUAACUUGAUUAAAAUUAUAUUGUAUUAUGAUGAUAUAAAUCCUAGCUUAAUUAUGUUUUCAGCUCGUUGUAAACAAACCUUUUUAAUUAAUGAAUAAAAAAAUUACAACUAGAAAUAAGGCUCGUUCACUUAAAACGGGGGAAAACGUCUACUCCUGGUAAUUUACAAAAAAAAUAAAAAUAUAAAAUGAUUAAUUGAAUGGAUGCAUUAAAUGCAUAUGAAAUAAGUGUGUUGAUUAAUUUAUGUGAACUCUUCAUUCAAUAGACGUGUUGACUUUCAUCUAAAUUGACUGUUAUAAAUACUAUUCUUGAUGUAGUUUGUAGUUUGUAAACAUGAAUUUUUACAAAUGCGUCAGUUAUGGAAAUGUGCAUAUGCAUGUAAUUGCAACUGUAUAUAAUUACGUACUUCAUGAUUACUUGUUAAGAUUCUAGUGUAUGUGGUUAUUAUAAUAAUAAAUCUAAAGAUGAAUAAGUAUUACGGAGUAUAAAUGUUCUUUUAGGCCGUGUUUUCCAUUGCUUCACAAACGCACUUUUGGCU